GGAGGUGCCGGGCCCCGCCCGCCGCAGCGCGGGGCUCCUGCGUCCGGAGUGCGCGGCUGCCGGACCGGGCGGGCGGGCGGAGCCGGGCCCGCGGGGCUGCUGCGGGGCGAUCGGGCCGGGCCGCGGCCGCGCCAUGGACUCCCGUGUCCAGCCUGAGUUCCAGCCUCACUGAGUGGCCACCCCCAAAGUGCUUCCAUCCGAGGAAGCCCCCAGCACUGACCAUGUCUAUUAUGGACCACAGCCCCACCACGGGCGUGGUCACAGUCAUCGUCAUCCUCAUUGCCAUUGCGGCCCUGGGGGCCUUGAUCCUGGGCUGCUGGUGCUACCUGCGGCUGCAGCGCAUCAGCCAGUCAGAGGACGAGGAGAGCAUCGUGGGGGAUGGGGAGACCAAGGAACCCUUCCUGCUGGUGCAGUAUUCAGCCAAGGGACCGUGCGUGGAGAGAAAGGCCAAGCUGAUGACUCCCAACGGCCCGGAAGUCCACGGCUGAGCCAGGAUGCGAGGCUCCUGGUCCUGUUUGCAGCCGGCCGAGAGGCGCUGGGAGGGGCAAAACCACAUGGACGCGCUGCUGUCUGAAAGGAAAGGCUGACACUUGCUGGCAUGGCCUCUGCGGGCUUCGUCAUCGCAUGCACUGAUGCCUGGGGACCUGGCUGUCCUGGGCUUCGCCUCGGCCUCCAGGUGAGGCUGCCCAUUGCAGGCACUGGGCAGGCCUGACCUUGCUGGGUCUCAUGGCCCUGUAGCGCUUUUGUUACUUGAAUGUCUAGCUGAGCCUGUUUUUGAUGGAGCUACUACUGUAAUGCGUGAACUAACAAACCUGUGAACUGUAAAUAGGCCCCUGGAAGCACGUGCUUAAGCCCUUUUGCUGAUUUUUAAAAAUAUCAUCUAGCGCACACGGGACUGGUUUGAUUCUGGCUGUACUAAUGACAAGCUGAGUCAAGACCCGGGAGGGUCAUAGGCUUGUAAAGGCCCACGCUGCACUCGGCAAGGGUCUCUCAUGUGUGUCUGUCUGUGUGUAUAUCAAGGAAAUGAGAUGCCAGUUUGGGGUCUCGUGGCUGACCAGUUGGGGUGCUUGGGUGAUCUCUGCUUGGUUAGUCAUGGGUGGAAGAAGAACCACAACCCCCCACACCCCUCUGUUCUUUCUCCAGAUAGACUCACUUGUUAAAUAGCAGUUUUGUUGAGUGGAGUUACUGCAGGGAAGCUACUGGACCUGCCUGGGAGCCAGUGAAGGGCGAGUCAGGGCACGUGUCCCAGAGGCUGCCAGCGUCCUUGUCCUUGUAGCAGAGCAGUUUCUUGCCGCUUUGGUCUUCAGCAUGCCGAGUCCGCCACCCCGAGUGCAGGCUUCGCUGAAAUUGCUCUGGUCCUCGUAGAACCUGUGGUGGCUACUUUUGGUCUGAAACCCAGCUGGCCCAGCCAAGAGAAAAGGUUGUAUGUUUUGUAUUGGUAUUUCCUAUUUUCUGCACUGGAGGGGAGGGGACUGUUGAGGUUCUUUUUUCUUUUUUUCCUCUUACCUUUUUACACCACUUGGCUUCCUUUCCUCUCUGAUGACUGCCUGCCUGUGGGGUCCUGGCUUCACUUUCCUCAGCGGGUCUCCAGUCCCCCUGACCCAGCUCUGAAGGCACUUAGGACCCAGGGAACAUUUCUUGCGUGCACAUUCCCACAAGAGCCACCAGAUUGCUUCCUGCCAGCCUGUGCUUGCGGCAGGGAGCCGGGGCAGGACAGAGGUGAACUUUAAGUUCAGGACUUGUCUGCCCCACAGGUGGCUCUCGGGUGAGCUAGCAUCUCCACAGCCUGUCUUCAAGGCCUCCCUUGUGUACACUUCAGUGAGUGAGCUCACUUCGAUUUUUAAUCCCACCACCAUAAGCACAUACUAAUUUUAUUUAUGAUUCAAACAUGACUCGUGCCGGCCAACCCUGUAAUAGAUGGAAGGUCAGCCCAGGCUUAACCACAGAGCACUGGCCCUUAAUGCCUGAGCUCAGAGCUCUGGCCUCCUGCUCAGACUGAAGGCACCUCCUCUGGCCUCACCUAAGCCUCUUCUAAAAUACGUGUUGAAUGAAUCCAUGUUCUGGAACCCCGAGGGCGGGAGAAGUAGGGAGGACUUUGUUUAAGCAGCAUACACCUAAAUUGGGGGUUUAAACAUUUAAGUAGGAGCUUGGGGUGGGAAGAGGGACGGCUGGCUGGGCCAUCUGAGCAGAAGGUAGUAAUGAAACACCUCAGCUGGGCUCUUGAGAGCCCUUAGGAAGCAGGAGAGGCAACACCUCUGGCUACUCGGGUGUGGCCAAGUUCAGAGGAGGUGGUGGUGGGGCAGGCGUGAUGUCAGCAGAAGUCCUGCAGGCUGGGUGGGCAGGACGUGUGGUGGGGGCCACUGAAACUAGGUCUAGGAGGGAGAACAGAAGUUCCAAAGGUGCCGACUGGAAGAUGGGGGAAAAGGUUUGCUUUGGUGAGUGAGAAAAGGCUGGGUGUGUGAUCCAUCCCCUCACGUUUCAGAACUUCCAGGCUUUCUACCUCGACUCUCACCGCAGCCAGCACAUACACCUAGGCUGUUUUUCUUUCCUCCACACCCAAGGGACACAGGAGCAGCUAGGAUCUGCAUUUUCAGGUUCCGAGCCUGACCCCUGUAACUGACCAGUGCUCGAUUGUCAGACUUGGCCUAUGGUUUUGACCUUGCCAGUGAAGUUUCAGUUUUGAAGUGAUUAAAUGUCACUUUCUCAUCAGUUUCACUUCUGGAGGUUUUCUGAUCCCACUCCCUGGUGGCAGGGAUGUACCUGGGAGUUUGAAUCAGGCCCAUCUGAGCGUGGUAGCCGUGUUGGGUGAAGGUCAGGGGCUCAGUGAGGCACUGGGGGGGUUUUCAGGGGAAAAGGAAAAUGGCUGUACAACCAGUGAACCACAUCACAGCCCUCACUGUUCUUAUUUUUCAAUAGCUUUUUUUUUAGCAUAGACACCAGAGCCACAUUCAAAUGGCUUAGUAGGUUAUGACCUCUCUUUGAAUUGUUUCUGAAUGCCCAACUGUUGCAUUCAAGUUUUCUGACUAAUCAAGAAAUUAAGCGUUCAUCCUUCGUAUCACUGCAGAAGCAACAGUGGGGGGACAGGGAGGGAACUCUUGACACUGAGCCACUAAAAUAUGGACUAAUUUUUUGGACAAAUCUUCAAACGGACUGUGCUACUGUUUUUGUUUCAAAGCUACCAAGUUUGUGCAAUAAGUGGAAGGGAUGUCAUCUCUCUUCAAUAAAUGCUAAAUGACAUUCAAGUUGAUUUUCUAGACCACUGAGAAAAUCUUUAUUUACAAUAAAUUUCAAUAAAAUUUGCAUAAAUAUAUUCCCAA